AUGACGGGCUAUCACAUUGGUGGUAUCGCUCUUUCGCUUGCAUUUCUUGCGCUGAAAAGCACUUCUGGCUUAUGCGCUCUUAUUUUCACUGAAUGCGGCCUCGAUUACGAACAAAUCCAACGAAAUCCAAGGAUAACGUGGAUGAUUUUUUUUUACACUGCUUGGUCACCAGAUUGCAGACAUGUUGCGCCUGUUUUUGCGGAACUCAGCGAUAGUGGGGAAGCGAAUCGAUUCCGCAUCAAUAUUUGUCCCGGAAGCAAGCAGCUGCCAACAGUUCGUUCAUUUCUAAGCGGUUCAUUUUAA